GGGAAAGAGAAAUCAUUUGUAGUGCGAUGAAAAUGUUUCUGUCGUGGUGGUGAAUGUUUUCAUUUUCCCGAAUAAUUGCAGCAUUUUCUAAGUUUUUAUCUUGGUUUCUUGUGAUUUUUCAACCCUGGUGGUGUGAUUGUGCGAGGAAGAGAGGAAGUGCAUGGAAAAUGGCAGCCAAGAGGUCCAGUUCAUUCAGGGAUGAAAAGCACUCCCAUGCUCUCGAUGAGCCCCCCAUGUCACGUCUAUUUGUGGUCUGUGGUAAAUCUCACACGGAAGAGGAGUUCACCACCCUCUUCCAGCCCUACGGAAAUGUCGAGGAAGUGUGGAUGGUCAAGGAUAAAAAUACAGGAGAAAGCAAGGGAGUUGUCUACAUCAAAUUCAGCAAGACUUCCGAGGCAGCUCAGGCCCUGGAGGCACUCAAUGGGAAGGUCUUGGUGAGCGGAGAGCGUCCCAUUAAAGUCCUGGUGGCAUCCAAUCGUUCCCAGGGUGCCAAGAAGGCGUCAGAUAAUGAAUUUGAGAAGUGCUUGAGGCUCUUUGUACUGAUCCCGAGAACCAUGACAGAGGAUGAACUGAACACGGAGUUCAGUCAAUAUGGGGAUCUGGAUUACGUGAGCAUCAUCCGGGACAAGAGUAGCAGGGAAACAAAGGGAUUUGCCUAUGUGAAAUACAGGAAGUUUUCGGAUGCGGCAAAUGCUUUUGAAAACUGCGAUCGAAAGUACAAGGCAAUGUUUGCCGAGCCAAAACCCGCGAGGAAUGACUUGAUGAACAUGUCCAAUGACUCUCUACUCAACUGCUCUCGAAUGGACAGACGAAUGUCGGGCAGUGGAUUGAUUCCUUCACUGCUAAGUGAGCCGACUGGCAUGAAUCGCCUUAUGUCAUCUCAGGAAGUCACUUUAAACGUAAUCUGUAGCGCUUUGGUGAAUCAGGAUCAACUCUGGCGACUCUUCGAUAUCAUUCCGGGUCUCGAUUACUGUCACAUCACCGGAGAAUUCAAUAGGAAUUCUAAUUGUGCCAUUGUCACCUAUUCCAAUCCAAGUUCAGCUGCACAUGCUCGGGAGAAACUGCACGGAUUUGAGUAUCCAAUUGGGGAGAGACUUAUUGUGAAGGGUGGUUCGGAUUUAUCGCCAAUUCCGCCUCUAGUGCCACAGUCUUCUCAGAAUGAGUCUCACGGUGACAUUCAGAGUUCGGUUUCAUUGCCACCGCCAGCACCUCUAGCUAAUUCUUCAGCUUCUGUCGCACAGAGAUGUUUCAUUGUUUGCGUUGCGCAGGCGCUUCCUGUUCAAAUUCUCCGGAAUGUUUUUUGUCGCUUCGGAGAUCUGAUUGAAGUGUAUCUACUGCCCAAUAAGAAUUGUGGAUACGCAAAGUAUGCACGAGAGGAGAGUUGUAGGAAGGCUAUUGAGAAACUAAAUGGAGCAGAGAUUUACGGAAUUCGGCUGAAAGUGAUGGAAGCUGAGGAGUUGAGUGACAGGAAGAGGCAGCGUCGAGACGAAUAAACAGAGAACAGAACAAUGUGAAGAGACACACAGAUGACGACAAUGAAGACGCAAUAUGAACGCACACAAACUGAAAUAUGUACUGAACGUAUUGAAGGGUAGUAAGAUAGAACGGACAGACCGCAACAUACCAUUAAUAUGUAAUUCCAUUGAAAAAAAAAUUAAAACUUGAUUCUCUGACACUGAGAAACGCACAAAAUUCUGACACUGACGACCAGGAUUUGAGGGUAAGCCACGAGAAUAUAGACAUUAUUUGAGGGAUAAUUGAUAUUAUUUCUCCAUGAAUUUAACUCAAAAUUUUACACGUGAGACUUAAGUGUGUGUGAAAGAAUGCAAAUUUAAUUUCUCUAUCAUAACCAACGUACUCAGAUUUACAAUUUUUGUGAAUCCAAUUGGAGGUGAGGAGAGGAAAAGUAUUUAUUUUCUGUAUUUUAUCUCUAAACAAAUGUACAACAGGUGUUUCGUAAAUAAAUGGAUGAUCGUUCACUUUAA